AUGCAGGAUCUCUUUAUACAAAACAUUUCUUUAAAACAUUUCAAACUGAAUUGUUUUCAAGGUUUGGAAGAAUGGAGACCUGUGCUAUUCAUUCCCUAUUUUCUGAUGUUUUUGCUGUCAGUUUUUGGAAAUUCCAUUCUUCUGUAUUUAAUAAUAUCACAGAGGACUUUGCACUCUCCUAUGUUUGUACUAAUUGGUCUUAUGGCAGUUGUGGACUUGUGUUCACCAAUGCUUUUUGUACCACAUAUGAUGUUUAGCUUUUUAUUUGACUGGAAUGGUAUUUCUCUUGUUGGCUGUUUGAUACAAAUGUUCUGCAUUCAUUAUUCUGGGACAUUCCAGUGUACUUUACUGUUGGCAAUGGCACUGGAUCGUUACUUUGCUAUUUGCAGGCCACUUUUUUAUCACAAGUAUAUGGAAACAUGUAACUUUUUAAAGUUCAUCGGAAUACCAUUAAUCAGAAAUGUAAUCUUAGUUACCACAAUAGUUUGUCUGGCAGGAAGACUAUCAUACUGUGCAAAUAAUGUGAUAGACCAUUGUUUUUGUGAACAUAUGGCAUUGGUUCAGUUGGCAUGUGGAGAUAUUUCUGUUAAUAACUUGGUAGGACUUUUGACGGCUUUCCUUGUACCAGCCUUAGAUUUUGUUUUCAUUGCUGUGUCUUAUAUAAUAAUAUUCAUUUCUGUUCUAAAAUCUGGUAAGGCCCACUUGAAGGCUCUUAAUACUUGUAUUACUCAUAUAAUUGUUAUUUCUUUUACACUAUUUUUUGCGCUAAUUUCUUUUUUAUUAUAUAGAGUAAAAAAUGAUUUCUCUCCAAGCAGCCGUGUAUUUAUGAGCACAAUGUAUUUACUUUUUCCAAGCUGUUUUAACCCAAUAAUUUAUGGACUGAGAACAAAAGAAAUAAGACAACAAUUUCUGAAAUUAAUAAAAUACAUAAAUAUAUAA